AAUGGCAGUUAUUAUAGUCGGUUAGUGGUUAAUGAAGAAGAACAAGCUAGAGUGGGAAGGCGAACUAGAAAGACUCAAAAACCAACAAGGAUCAAAUGAGGUGCACAGGUACAUGGAGAAUUCUGUGAAGAUGGGUUAUGAUCAUCUAGAAAGCGAGGAGCUCAAGUCCAUUUUCCUAGUGUGUGCUCAAAUGUAUCAUCAGUCAUUAAUUGUUGACUUGGUGAAGUACUGUUAUGGUUUGGGCAUACUUAAUGAUGUCCAUACACUGAGGGGCGCCCGUCAGAGCAUAUCCCAGUCAAUCCAGAUGCUAAAAAAUUCAGGCUUGUUGGAUAGUAGUACUUCCAACGAUAAUUUCAAUAUGCACGAUAUAGUUCGAGAUGCUGCUCUAUCUAUAGCGUGCAAGAAUCAAAAUGUAUUUACCCUGAGAAACAAAACACUGGAUGUCUGGCCUCACAAGGAACAACUUGAGAGGUACUCUGCAAUUUAUCUACACAAGUGCCAUAUUGUGGAUGGGCUCCCAGAACGUGUUAACUGUCCUCGGCUUACAUUCCUUUAUAUUGACUGUGAUGAUUCCACUUUGAAAAUACCUGAUACAUUUUUUGAAGAAAUGGAAGAACUCAGAGUUUUAGUAUUAUCCGGAAUAGAUUUGCAGAGUCUGCCGUCUUCAAUCAAAUGCUUACCAAACCUCAGAAUGCUUUGCUUGGAGAAAUGCACUCUUCGUGACUUGUCCGUUUUAAAUCAUUUGAGAAAGUUGAGGAUUCUUAGCCUUUCAGGAUCUAGAUUUGAAGACUGGCCAACAGUGUUGGAGGGCCUAAGAAAGUUACAGUUGCUAGACAUUAGCGAUUGUUUUAUAAGCAGCUCCACUAAGUCUUUAUCUUUAUCAAGCUUCCCUAAUUUGGAAGAAUUGUAUAUAGAAAAUAGCUUGACUAAAAUGGAGGUGAAAGGACAGAUAAAUCAGAGUCAAAUUUCAGCUCUUUUUGAGUUGAAACAUCUGCAUCAGUUGAAUACUUUAGAUGUCUACAUCCCUAAUGUUGAGCUUUUGCCGACAGACUUGUUCUUUCACGAGUUGAAUGAUUACAAGAUUGUGAUUGGAGACUUUGAGACAAUUUCAAUCGGAGAUUUCAAGAUGCCCAAAAAAUAUGAAGCUUCAAGAUCUUUGGCACUGCAGCUAGAACCUGGCAUGGAUAUUCACUCCCUCAAAGGAGUCAAAUUGCUAUUCAAAGGAGUGGUGAAUUUCCUAUUGGGAGAGCUACACGGGGUUCAAAAUGUAUUUUAUGAGCUGAAUCUGAAUGGAUUUCCAGAUCUGAAACACUUUUCCAUCGUAAAUAACAAUGACAUUGAAUACAUUGUGAAUUCAAUGGAGUUGUCACAACCUCAUGAUGCUUUUCCCAGUUUAGAGUUCCUCAGCCUGUUCAACCUAAAGAACAUAAAGAAGAUAUGUUGCAGUCCUAUUACAAAUUCCUCAUUCUCUAGACUAAAGAUAAUCAAAGUGAAGAUGUGCCCCCAAUUGAAGAGCAUAUUCUUCUUUUACAUUGUUGAAUUUCUUACUAGUCUAGAAACAAUUGAUGUCUCUGAAUGUGAUUCUCUACAAGCAGUUAUUAGUAAAGAAGAAGGAUCCAACAAGGUUGUGCUUCAUAAGUUAUGCUCUUUGACAUUACAGAAGUUACCAUCGUUUGUCAGUUUUUACAACAAUGCAGACAUGCCUUUGGAACCGGGAUCUAUGGAAAAGCAAGCAAGAAUCACUGACGACACAGAAAUUGUCCCAGCAGAGGAUGAGCAGAGUUCCACAACUUCCUUUUCUCUUUUUGAUGAAAAUGUAGAAAUUCCAAAGUUAGAGAGCUUGAAGUUGUUCUCAAUCAAGAUCCACAGCAUAUGGAGCGAUCGAAUUUCAAAUGAUUGGUUUCAGAACUUGAUAAAAUUAACGUUGAUAGACUGUAACUUGACAUAUUUAUGCUCAUUGUCUAUGGCUCGCAGUCUCAAUAAGCUAAAAAGCAUCUCCAUAAGUGAGUGUUCACUAAUGGAGAAGUUAUUCAUCAGCGAAGAAAAUAACAAUGAGUAUUCGAAGGAUUGUAUCUUUCCUAAAUUGGAGGAAAUCCAAUUGAGUCGAAUGGAGAUGUUAAAAGAAAUAUGGCCACGUGAAGAUGAAGUAAGGGCAGAUUCAUUUUCUAGUAUCAUUUCUGUUGAUAUUAGCCAAUGCAAUAAGAUUGACAAGAUUUUUCCUAGUCACAUGAAAUGUUUGAGUUUGAAAAGCUUGAAGGUUUAUUCGUGUGAGUGGGUGGAAUUCAUUUUCAAAAGUAGACUUCCUUCGCAACAAAGUGACACAAAUAAAUCUGCAUUAUUGGAGGUUAUUGAUUUGGGUUCUCUCCCUUAUCUAAAGCAAGUAUGGAGUGAAGAUCCAAAAGGAGUGGUUAACUUCACAAAUCUGCAGAGUAUACAGAUUUCUUCAUGUAACACUUUGAGCAAUGUGUUGCCAGCUUCUAUUGCCAAGGAUCUUGGAAAACUAGAAAGCUUUUGGAUAUACUCAUGUCGUAAUUUGGAGGAAAUCAUUGCGUGCGAUGGAGAAUCAGAAACAAGCAGUGAAGCAUUGGAGUUCCCUGAAGUAGUGUCCAUGUCAUUUAGUAACUUACCAAGCAUCCGAUGUUUGUACAAAGGGAGACAUAUUGUAGAGUGUCCAAAAUUGAAGCAACUGAGAAUGACUGGGUGUCCAAAUCUGGAAAUAUUCAAAACAGAAAGUGCCAAUGAACAAGAAACAGCAUUCUUAUCGCCUGAAAAGGUAAUGUCCAACUUGGAGCAUCUGACUAUUGACUCUAAAGGAUUAGAGUGGUUAAUGAGCUACACACGCAAGUACCGCUUUACCUCUUUGAAACAACUUUACUUGCACACAUGGCAGAGCCAUCAUGACCAGACUCUAUACUGUUUCCUCCACACCAUUCCUAAUCUACAAAUCUUUCAAUUGAUUUUUAAUUCUAACAUUAGAGAGUUCGUGCCAAGUGGAAACACCGCAGCGAAGCAAAGAUUGGGAACCGUAUUACUUCUUAAGGAAUUAACUUUGUGGGCACGAGAGAUGGAGGAUAUUGGAUUUGAAAGAGAUCCUGCUCUUCAGAGAUCACUGCACCGCCUGAAAUUGCAAUUCUGCCACAGAUUGAGGAGAUUGGCACAUUCCUCGAUGUCCUUCACUCACUUGACAUACUUGCAAGUAUAUGAUUGUAAAGUAUUGAAAACUCUAAUGACAUGCUCAACAGCAAAGAGCUUGGUUCAACUCACCACCUUGAAGGUAGAGUAUUGUGAUCAAUUAAAUGAAAUAGUUACCAAGGAUGAGCAGGAAAAUGAGGAGGGGAUUCAAAUUGUCUUUGCCAAGUUGAUAACUAUACAACUGACACGACUAAGCAACCUCACAAGUUUCUGUAGCAACUGGAAUUGUGAGUUUUCGGUGCCAUUGUUGGAAAAAUUAAUUGUGAGAGAAUGUCCCAAGAUGAAAACGUUUACCACAAAGCACAUAACAGCGCCCAAGCUACAAAGCGUACUUGUCAGUGAAAGAUAUGGUGAGGAAGAUAAAGGGUAUUGGAAAGGAGACCUGAAUGCCACCAUUCAAAUGUAUAAGGUUCAUUUGGAGCUUUCACACCAUCCAGACUUAAAACAAGUAUGGUGUGACAAAACUUGGGUGCAAGUAAACAGGUUUCAGAAUGUAAAAUCUUUGAUUGUGAAGAAAUGUGGUUAUCUUGUGCAUGUAAUUCCAUCUCAUUUGCUUCAUUGCUUUAAGAAUUUGGAAGAUCUGCAUGUAUCCGAUUGCGAUGGAGUGCAAGUCAUCUUUAAUAUGGAUGACAGUAACAAUAAGCAGGUGACAAAAGCAACGGGGUUGCCUCGUUUGAAAAAAUUAUCUUUAAAGAAUCUACCAAAUUUGAAACACGUAUGGGACAAAGAUUCAAGAGAAAUUAUUCAUUUUUCUGCUCUACAAGAUUUGAGCAUUGACAAAUGUGAUAGUUUGAAAUAUGUGUUUCCAACAUCCAUUGCUAAAGACCUUGCCAUGCUGAAUAAUCUUUCAAUAAAAGACUGUGAGCAAAUGGUAAAAAUCUUUGUAGAAUUAGGAGACACCAAAACAUUUGAGCUUCCUUCUUUGGCUUCACUGGUGCUUAGAGAGCUGCCAAUGCUCAAACACUUUUAUCCAGGACUGCACAAGCUUCAAUUUCCGAAGCUAAAAGAACUAUAUAUACAAGUCUGUAAAUGGAUGAUACUCAAUUGUCAAGAGGCAGAGACUUUUGUAGAUCAACAAGUUCUACUUCCAAUCGAGAAGGUUAAUCUCCUAUUUCAGAGUUUGGAGAAUUAUCAUUUGAUAUGAGAGGCGCCAAGUUGACUUGGGAAGUAAAGUCUCGAAAACUUGAAUUUGAAGAGUCAGAGGAAAGGGUUGAAGAGGUGCUAUUUGAG